GGGAGGCAGGGGAAGCAGUGAACACUCUUCUCAGCGACUCGCCUCCCAGCAGUGCUAUUUUUUGCCAUCCGCCCUCACCCCCAGCACACGCGCGCGCGCGCGCGCGCACACACACACACACACACAUGCACGCACGCACGCGCGAGCGCGCGCACAUACACGCGCACACACCGAGACCUCUCUGGAUUUCUUUGCCUUGAGUCUCCCGGGGCUGUGAGGAGCCAGGCGCAUCUCAAACCGAGCUGGCAGCUCCAGGCUCCGGAGCCAUGCCUUGCACGGACUCUCAUCUUUACCAACCUCCCGAGGAAUGAAAGGAAUCCAGGGACCCUCAGAAGGCAGCAGUGAUGUGGACCAGCCCCCUGGAGCCUGCACCCUUCCCAGGGCCAUAGGCGAACCAGGGAACUGGAGAGAGCUCCAGACAGGAAAGCCCAGCUUUCCCAAAGCCCCUGUGGAUGCUGACAAACGAAGACCCGAAUUUUUGAAAGAGCCUGUCUUAGGUUACCCAGCUGCAGAGUGAUUUUUUUCCUCCGGCAUUGAACUUCCCCUUCCACCCCCAGCCAUACAGAAUACCAUGAAGAAUUAUGAGGAUGGGUGACAGAGGUAUCCAGAUGUUGAUCACCACUGUGGGAGCCUUUGCAGCGUUUAGUUUAAUGACCAUUGCAGUGGGCACGGACUACUGGUUAUAUUCCAGAGGUGUGUGCAGGACUAAAUCUACAAGUGAUAAUGAAACCAGCAGGAAGAAUGAAGAAGUAAUGACACACUCAGGGCUGUGGAGGACCUGCUGCCUGGAAGGGGCGUUCCGAGGGGUCUGCAAGAAAAUCGACCACUUCCCAGACGAUGCUGACUAUGAACAGGACACGGCUGAGUAUCUGCUUCGGGCUGUGAGGGCCUCCAGCGUCUUCCCCAUCCUCAGCGUCACACUGCUCUUCUUCGGGGGACUCUGCGUGGCGGCCAGCGAGUUCCACCGCAGCAGGCACAACGUCAUCCUCAGCGCGGGCAUCUUUUUCGUCUCUGCAGGGUUAAGCAACAUCAUUGGCAUCAUAGUUUACAUAUCGGCCAAUGCUGGGGACCCCGGGCAGCGCGACUCCAAGAAGAGCUACUCGUACGGCUGGUCCUUCUACUUCGGAGCCUUCUCCUUCAUCAUCGCCGAGAUUGUGGGGGUGGUCGCCGUGCACAUCUACAUAGAGAAGCACCAGCAGCUGCGCGCCAGGUCCCACUCGGAGCUCCUGAAGAAAUCGACUUUCGCUCGCCUGCCCCCCUACAGGUACAGGUUCCGGCGGCGGUCCAGCUCCCGCUCCACGGAGCCCAGGUCCCGAGACCUGUCCCCCAUCAGCAAAGGCUUCCACGCCAUCCCCUCCACCGACAUCUCCAUGUUCACCCUCUCCCGGGACCCCUCCAAGAUCACCAUGGGGACCCUCCUCAACUCCGACCGGGACCACGCUUUUCUACAGUUCCACAACUCCACGCCCAAAGACUUCAAGGAGGCGCUGCACAACGACCUGGCCAACAGGCGCACCACGCCGGUCUGACUGCCUCUCGCCCUCCGCGGGCAGCGGGCGGGGAGGGGUGCACAGGUGUCGCUGAGGUUGCAUGGCAUGGUCCUGGUGAUGGUAUUAUUUUUUACAAAGAAUGAAACCAAAUGGAUCGGCCCUGUCCCCCCCUCUGCCCCUUACCUUCCAGGCCCUAACCCUCUGCUCCCCCCGAUCUCCAAGCCCACCCCGACGCGUCCUCUCUGUGUAUCUGUGCCGAGUGUCUCCCUCCUUCCUUCUUCCCCGGAAGGACCUCCGCCUCCCUCCCUCCUGGGAAUAGGAUUUCACUCAGAGUCACAGGUGGUGGCUCGGGGGGAUCCCCGCAUACCCAGGCGUGUGCACAGCUGUCCCGAUUGUCCCCUCACACAGAUCCUCAGGACACCAACCGCCCAGUGGCCCUGGGGAGGCGUUCACCUUUCCGUGUUAGAGAAACAUGACCAGAAAUCAAAGCUGCGGGGCCCCGGAGCAGCUCCUGUAAUAAGCACUCAUGUGAUUAAAGGUUCUGCGUGAC